AUGGCACCCGGCGCGGACAACGAUUCGGAUGGUCCGGCGUUGCGCAAUAUGCCCUUCCAACAGGCCGAUAAAUAUGCUACCAAGGCUGUCGACAUGUCCGAUAAGCUACAAGAGAAAUUCCAAAAGAAAGACAGUGCGAAGGCUGAGAAGAAAGAUCCUCCUGGUGGCUUUGAUGCAACACCCAUUCCCCAACUACCCCCGGGCUAUACCAUCAAGAUCACUUUUCACAGAGCAGAGAACCUCCCUUUCGCCGACUUCGGCACCUUUUCCUCCGACCCAUACAUCAUUGCCGCCCUGAAGACAGACGUCCCGAGAAGACACAAGCAAGACCCAGAGUUGCGACUGCGCACUCCGACAAUUCAUCGCAAUACGAAUCCUGAAUGGAAUGUCGAGUGGGUUGUCGCAAAUGUGCCCGCGAGUGGCUUCUUUUUGAAAUGCCGCCUGUAUGACGAAGACUCCAGCGACCAUGACGAUCGUUUGGGAAAUGCUCACAUCACUGUUGGUCAUAUUGACGAUAAUUAUAAAGGAUUCUCGCAACGGACAUUUGGUAUAAAGAAACGAAUGGCUAGCAAGAGAGCUUACACUUUCCGUGGCUGUGCUUGGCUUCUGUCCAGACGUGUAAAAAUGGGAGGUGACCUGAUUGUCAGUGUCGAGAACUUGGGAAGAACGAAAGAUGAAACUGGAGGCCGUGUCUAUACCGCUGCCCCGCUGCCCUGGAGUCAGCACUACUCUCCGCUCAUUGGAAGGCUCGCCGGAACCAAGGAUACUGAACAAGACAAGCAUGGCAAGGAAGUUCAGAAAUACAAUUUCCAGUCGAUCCAGAUGCAGCUGCCUGGCCCAGUUCCCGCCGAUCUCUAUCACCGCUACGUUGAAUUCAAGCCUUUCGUGGCGGGCAUGUUCCAAGGUAAAUCGAUCCGCGGCCGACUAUUGAAUCGAGCUCUUCAUCACCAGCACGCUCGAAUUUAUAACUACGACAAGAGUACAAAAUACGGCUUGUUCCAAGAACCAAGUGUAGAGUUGACCAAGAAAUUUCUAGAUUUCGUCCAUUACGAUCAAGGCGGCCGAAUCUUCACCUAUGUGCUGACCCUCGAUGCCCAACUUCGUUUCACGGAAACGGGCAAGGAGUUUGGGAUUGACCUUUUGAGCAAACACACAAUGCACAGCGACGUAAGCAUUUAUAUCGCCUUCAGCGGCGAGUUCUUCAUCAGACGCUUGAAACGACCUCAUCUUCUCCACAACGAUAGUGGGCCAGAUCCCUUUGAACAUGCUUACCCACCUGCAGAAGAUCCUGUUGCCGAGACGGAUGAGAAUGGAAAGGACCAGGAGCAAAAUAGCCUUCGCAGUCGGCCCGAUACCAAAAAGAGCGGCAGCAGCAGAAAUGAUGAGAAUAAUAAUAAUAAAGAAAAGGGGGAGGGGUCAAACCCAGGCUCUUCCCACGAGCAGCAGCCUCAAACUCCACUGCAACAAUCGAAUGAGCCCUCACACUACGAGCUUAUCAUCGAUAAUGAUAGUGGCACUUACCGACCCAACGCGGAGAAGCUAUCUCAUCUCCGCAAGUAUCUCAUCUCCGCAUUACCUGGCCUGAAGGUUGUCACACUCGACUGUCAGGCCGACGAGGCGAAGAUGAAGAAACUGAAGGGCGAACAACGAGAACGCAAGAAGCAAACCGGCAAGCAGAUCACAUACUUGCAGAACGAUUCCAUGAGCAGUAUCUCCAGCAGUGAUGAGGAGGAACUAACGGCACGUGCGGAAGGCGAUGAUCACCAUCGGGAGAGCAGGUACAAGCGCGAGAUGCACAAGUACAUGGGACAUGGACGCGAUGAUCAUCAUUAUACUGGUGAAGAGGACGAUGAGAUUCGGGCAGCUGCUGGUCCUACCAAUACUACCGGUAAUGGAGUGGUGAAUUCUGAGCCGAAGCUCGAGCACGACGAGAAGCGAAGAGAUCUGGACGGUGAGCGGCCGCAUGAAGGCAUGGAUGUGAGUAAGGAGAAGCACGACGUCUCCUCUUCUCCUUGA